AUGUGUUUGCAACGUGGGGAGGAAGAAAGACGAGAGAGAUUGCGCGUUUUUGUGUUAGAAACAGAGCAUCGAUCGGAAAAGAGCAGAACUCAGAAGAGAAUGGCCACGCAGACGCAUGAUUCACCUCCAAACCCUAACCCUAAUCCCAAUGCCACGUCAUCAACGCCGUCUUCUUCCUUGUUUUUCGGAGGCGCCAGUUCUUCCGCCGCUCCCGUCGCCGGCUCCGGCGAGUCCCACUCCAAUCACCGGAGAGCGCUCUCGGAGGUCAGUUACCGGCUGCCGGAAGACAUGAUGGACCUCUCGCAGUCGGAUCCGUUCAACGGCGGAUCCUCGACCGCGAGCCUGGAGGAGAUCGGAUCCGAGGACGACUUGUUCUCCACCUACAUUGACGUCGAGAAGCUCGGCGGUGGCGUGAACGGUGGCGCCCGCGGCGGAAACGGAUCGGAUCAGAGCGGUUACGGAAACGGCGCCGGUACUAGUGGCCACAAUGAUGGCGAGAAGAGUCCGAGCCCCGCCACGGCGCGGCCGAGACACCGACACAGUAGCUCCGUCGACUGUUCCACGUCAACGAGCAUGUUCGGAGAGAUCAUGGAGGCGAAGAAAGCAAUGCCUCCUGAUAAGCUCGCGGAACUUUGGAACAUUGAUCCAAAGCGUGCCAAGAGAAUACUAGCUAAUAGGCAAUCUGCUGCCCGUUCAAAAGAACGAAAGGCACGCUAUAUACAAGAACUUGAGCGCAAAGUGCAGACCCUUCAGACAGAAGCAACAACACUCUCUGCCCAACUUACAUUGUACCAGAGGGAUACAACUGGUCUGAGUAGCGAAAAUACAGAGCUUAAGCUCCGUCUGCAAGCCAUGGAGCAGCAAGCGCAACUUCGUGAUGCUCUUAACGAUGCAUUGAUGAAGGAAGUUGAGAGGCUUAAGAUUGCUACUGGAGAGGCAUUGAACAACCACUCCGAGUCUUUCAACAUUGGAAUGAACCAGAUGUCAUUUGCAGGGUCAAAUUUCUUUUCAAUCCCACCACAUUCAGGCCCUCCUAACCAGAGCAUGCACUUACCUCCAUUUGGUCACACCCCAUCUAGCAUGCCAGUUCAUCAGCUGCAACAAACAAAUUCUCACCAAAUCUCAGAUAUAUUGCAAAACGAUCAACUUGGUCGUUUGCAGGGACUUGACAUUAGUAGUAGCAAAGGAUCACCGAUUGUGAAAUCUGAAGGCCCCUCGAUGUCUGCAAAUGAGAGUAGCACUACGUUUUGA